AUGGGUGAGCCACUCUUCAACGAAUUCCACGCUCAGAUGUUGCGAUCACUCAUGGAGCGCCUGUCGAGAGCUGGUUUCCCGAUUGUUACGUUGGACUCUCAGGCUCGCCAGCAUCUCGUCUUGUUCAAUCCCGCCAACGACUACUUCUACGGAGGCAAAGUCAAGACUGUCCUCGAGCCUAACAACGAGAAGUUCGCUCUGCCAGAUGGAUACCACGAUGCCUACGCUCGAGCUCUUGAAGCUGAUCCUGAAGCCCUCCGUCCCCAGCUUACCGAUGUUAAGGAGCGUAUGAUGUUUUGCAAAGUCAAAGGAGACUUCACACGUGCAUCCGCUACGAAGUCCAAAGCGAACCCAGCUCUCGUCGCCAAGGUCAUGCAAGUCAUCACUGAAGCUCUGCAUCCUGUCUACGGCGACAAGAUGGAGGAAUCAGUCUGCAUCGUUGUGCCGUGGCGUCGUCAGUUUGAGCUGUACGAGGAGAAGUUCAGCAAUCUCGAGGACAUGGGCCACAUGAAGGACAACCGCCGCAACUGUGUGCUUCUGACCCGUGGCAUCAAGGCUAUUUGGGUCCUCGUCGGCGAAUUCGAGAAGCUCUCGUACGGCCGACUGGAGGAGGAGCAGCCACGUGAGAUCGGUACUGGCAGCGUUCCCAGCGCUCAGUACAAUUCCCACGCUUCACAGGGAGACUAUGCGUACAGUGUCGACCCGUCCAGCGAUUUCGACAUUCUCGAUUCUCCGCGAGACCUUCUGAUCGAACUCGAGCGCGAGGCCCUCGAGCAAUAUCAGAGCGAGAGUGGCGAGCAGGACGAGGGUACCACUGUCUUGGCCAAGCUCAGCGACGAGGCGAAGGCUCGCAUCCUCGCCAUCAUCGACAUGCAGGUCAACAGAACGCUCGCUGGAGAGCAGGCUGAUAAGGACAAGCACAUGACCUGCAACAAAUGCAAUGAGAUCGGCCACAGACCCUCGAACUGCACGAAGGAGCGUAGCACCGCCAAUGUCCAGUGCCGCCGCUGCCUACAGUACGGCCACUACAAGUCUGACUGUGGCCCAGUUGCCUACGUCGUCGAGCCUCCUGAGCUUGAAGACAACGGAGGAUGGGAGCAGGUACGCGCGGUUCACUGGAAACUAAAUUUAUCGAAUUUCGCUCCUCCAACUGCCGUCUUCGCCUAG